AUGUUCGCCCAAGAAGAAUAUGAUCCAUCUGAGAGAGCGGCUCUGAUGGCGGUUUCCCUGAUAAGCUCUGCUCGGGUCAUACGUAAGCUGGACCGUGUGUACACUCCGUACUCGGCUCAGUAUCUGGUUGACUGCGCUGGACCCGAGAGGCAGGAAGAGAUUGCUCAACAACGCCCCAACAUGACAAUCCAAGACUGCCUUGAGUACUUGGUGGAGAUCGCUGCUCCCAAGUCCGAAUCCGAGCAGAGAGAGUUCGAUCAACGACUCCGCAUGCUGACUGUGAAAGACUGCUUGGACUGCGCCUUCAAAGAUGGGAUUCCGAAAAGCGAGCACUGGACACAUUUGGGGUGCGUGCACAAGCCUCCCCCGUUUGCUCGUCUCAUCCCUCGGGUUCCCAUGAAUGGACGAGUGGUCGAGGUCAGGACAUUGGAAGACGCGCUCAAGCUGUUGAAGCAGCAACCGGUUGGAGCAAAGCUGCACGUCUUCAGUCCCGAGAUUGAUCUUGUUGGAGAAGAGGGCCUCUACGAGGGUCCGUCAAGUCCUGGAUCACGCUAUGUUGGGCUCAGAGACGUGAUGAUAACUGGAAACGGGACGACGAAGAAGGGAGAAGCUUUUGCGGAGGUGAAGGUUUUGUACAAGAAGAGGGAGUUUUUCGUCAAAGUUUCUGCAACUCGUGUGUUGGCCUCGCUUAACGGUGACGACUCUCAGCUCACUGAGCCGACGGGUCUCCUCGUGGACUUCAUCGUCCCUCGCUUUGCCAACUAG